UUCCACAAUCCAAUAAGUGGCCCUCCUCUUCCAAUUCAAGAUAACCCCCUUUUGUUUUACACAAAUCAAAAUCCCCCCUUUUUUCUUCCUCUAUUUUUCUCAUCUUCUCAAAGUUCCAAUCUUUCAUCCCAAAGUUUAAAUCUUUCAUCAAUGGCUUCCCUUCAGCAAACUUCAAUCGCCAUUCAAUCGAAGCUCCUCCCUUCUUCCCAGCUCACCAGAGCUCUUCCUUCCCUCAACCUCUCCUUCUCAGCCACUUUCCCUUCCCUCAGACUCACCGCCUCUCGCCCGCUCAACGGCGGUGCCAGAAUGUCGGCCACAGCGGCUUCCAGCUACGCUACUGCUUUAGCCGACGCAGCCAAGUCAAACAACAGCCUCGACACCACCUCCUCCGACGUCGAAAAAGUCGAGAAAGUAUUCUCCGACACUCAAGUCCUCGACUUUUUCGUUAACCCCACCGUGGACGUCCUCAAGAAACGUCAGGUCCUGGACGAAAUCGUUAAAUCAUCGGAGCUUCAGCCUUACACGGCCAACUUCUUGAACAUCCUGGUUGACGCCAAGAGGAUUGACCUUAUCAAAGAAAUUGCCAAGGAGUUCGAGAUGGUUUACAAUAAGCUGACGGAUACUGAAUUGGCCGUGGUGAGUUCGGUUGUGCCAUUGGAGUCUCAGCAUUUGGCUCAGAUUGCUAAGCAGGUGCAGAAGCUGACUGGUGCUAAGAAUGUCAGGAUUAAAACUAAGAUUGACCCAAGCUUGGUUGCUGGGUUUACUAUCAGGUAUGGGAGUUCAGGGUCGAAAUUGAUUGAUAUGAGUGUUAAGAAGCAAUUGGAGGAGAUUGCUGCUCAGCUUGAAGUGGCUGAUAUUCAACUUGCCGUAUGAGUUUUUUUUUGUUACUAUUGUAAUUGAAAUCGAUACUCUUAAUGUUAAAUGCAUGAAAUUUGUCUAAGCUUCUU